UAAUCGUACGCGAACGAACAUAGUCGUAACAUGGUUAAGAAAUAUUUAAUACUAUUCUGCCUCUUCGUACUGGCAAAUGGCAAAAUAAGUUUAGACAUAGAAACAGGAACGAACGCAGACGACGUCAGAGUGAACUACACGGGAUACGACAUUCACAUUAUAACCGAUCCAGAAAUCAGUUUAUUCCGAAUCAACCAGAAACAAUUGAAGGAAGCGGUGCGCAGAUUUUACAAGGUUCGACCACAGAAUGUUUACUUAAAAAGUCCAACACCCUGGAACGAUUUGUACAAAACGAACAACUGGGAACAAGUAAAGAGAAUAUUGACAGUGAAAUCAGCUACGUUGAAGGAAAACACUAAACAAACGACGAUCGUACUGUCGCAGGACUUCGAAAAUCUGUCAAACGUGACCAUCAAAGUGAACACAGCUUUAAGCCAGACGGUUGAAAACACAAUUUCAACGACUUGGUCGACGAGUAAUGAGUUGACCGUGUCUCAGGAGUUUGACUACGACAUUAAUGUCAUUUUUGGAAAGGUGGCUGGUACCACUGCGUUCUCUUGGACAUCUACUUGGGGUAAAGAUGAAGAGAAGUCAGAAACACAAACAAUCGGUGCUACAAGUUCUAUGGAAACCGAACUGAAGCCUGGACAAUCCGCCACUGCGGUGCUAUCAGGAAGCAGACGGGAAUUGGAAGUAGAAAUUGUGUAUUCAGCUACGCUAAGGGGAAACGUUGCUAUAAAUUUCAAGAAACCCUUCAAGAGCCACCACUUCUAUGGACCGUCUAUAAACAGCGUUCUUGAUAAAGCUGGCUUACCAACCGAAUUUAAUGUAGUUGAAAACAUUAAGGUUGGCGUGUUUAUAGAUCACUCGUUGAAAGUGUUUGAUAAAACAACUGGUCAGCCUUUGUGAAGUAAUAAAUAGCUUAUUUUUAA